GACUGACUCGACAGAGAAACUACACACCGGAAGAGAGAAACCCCAACGACGACGAGGGAGAGAAGGGAAGGAUCUCGUGCAGCUCGGCCAUGGCGAACCAGGGAUCCAAGAAGAUUGUGGAGAGGAACAGGAAGCGCAUGGAUCUCCUCUGGCGCAUAAUCCUCGUGUCCAACGUUAUUUACAUAGUAGUGAGGAUGGCUGUAAUGUACUCUUCUUUCACCUGGAAGCAUUGGAUUGGCCUCGUGGUGACAUCUGCUGCAUACUUUCUUUCAUACAAGCAACUCGCUAGUAUGACAAAGCCCGAAUAUUCUGACGCGGACAAUCGUGAACUUCUGAGUUCGGGUUAUGACUUGGCCACCGGUGGGCUUUCCGAAUAUAUAGAGGAUGUGAUAUACAUCACAGCAUUUGUGCAGCUUACGUCCAUUAUUUCUGGAAAAUUUUGGUGGACAUAUCUGGUGAUACCAGCUUUCGGUGGAUACAAGAUCUUUUUUCUGUUGAAGGGAACAUUCUUCGGUGGUGGUUCAGAGGGUGAAGUCGAAGAUGAGAAGUCUCGAAAGAAGAGGGAGAAAAUGGAGAAAAAGGCAUCUAGAGGGAAGAUGGUCAAAACCAGGACCCGUUGAUAUGACACAUACAUACCCUGUGGAAGAGUAGGUUGGUUUCUCAUAUCAUAGCUGUCCAAGUAGAGUGCAAGCUGUUGGUGAGUUUGCUAACAUGGAUGAUAUGAUUCAUGUAUCAUUUGAUCCGACAGCUAGCACAAAUGUCAACUAAUCUUAAAGUUGUGAUGAAUACCAGCAUUGGUAUUUGUAUAUUUCCUGACCCUUCUGGUUAUGUAAACCAACAAUGAGGCAUGGUAACCCAGACAUCUUAGUGACA